AUGGGGGGAUAUUCUAACAUCACAGAUCCGAACAGUACAGACGAAGGGAAGAUCAAGCUUCAGCCUCAAAGUCCUCUCCUCCGACUAUCAGCCGAGCUGCGAAACAUGAUCUACCGUUUCCUGUAUUCCGAAAAGGAAGACAUACACAUAAUACUCCCUAACCUUCAGGGUACUGCAAGACUGCGGCAGUUACUCAAGCUCGCCACCCUACGACACGUAUGCCGACAGCUCCGUCUGGAGACAACUGGAAUGGGCCGUAACAUUGUCCCGCAUCAGGAUCUCAGCGCAAUGCAUUCUUUCUUCCUCGACAAUCUAAAGCUCGUCCUUUUCCGCACCUAUGGUGCACAACUGUUCACACGCUUUCCCCAAGAUACAUAUAUCCAAGUUUCAAUAUGGCUGUGCCAUCUAAACCCAGACUCGAAGGUACAUGUUCUUGCCGAUAUCCUCGAGUUUCGACUAGGAAUGCGCGCUAUGCUAGCCCAGGGUGCGGCAUUACAGCGUGUUUUACGGGAUCGUCCGCUGCCGUUCACCAUGGACCCUCACUUUGACAAGGAAGUGGCAAGCAAUGUGAGAAUCUUUAAACUCCUUCUAUCCACGGCAGAGGAAUGGCAGCAUAUACCUGAUAACUUACGGGUGUAUCCGCUACAGCAGCUCAACGAGGAAGAGCUGGAGUGCUCGGAUUUGAAGAAGGAGAGUUAUUUCAAAGAGUGGGCCGAGCAGAUUCACGAGUGGUAUACGAAUGGGAUUUGA